CGAGCUAGCAGACCAGCACCAUUGUUUGAGUCUAAGAUUUCCUGCAAAAGAUUUUCGUUUUUCUUCAAAACGUAUUUAUCUGUGUAUAACCCAAUCAACAUGUAUCAGCGAUCGGAAUAUACUUACCGCCGUGAUGACGAUCACGACCGGGAUCGUGAAGGAGGAUGGCGCUCAUGGUUCGGAAUGGGAAAGAAGGAUGAUGACCGUGACUAUCACUACGCCCGCACCACUACCUACCGCAACGACGACCGCGACUACAACCGUGACUAUAACGUUAACCGCGAUUACAACCGUGACCGUGAUUAUAAUUACAACAAUACGACGCGCACCAACACGUAUGUCCGUGAUGAUGACCGUGACCGUGGAUUCGGCGGACGUCUGGGCACUGACUAUCGCGGAGGAUAUGGUUACCAGACCAGCGGCGAGUACAACCGCGGCUAUGGCGGAUACGGCACCAACUAUGAUCGUGACAAUCGCGGAUGGUCCAACACUACCACCACUUACGAUCGUGAUCGCUAUGAUGGAAACCGCUACACAACUGGCGGAGAGGCAACUGCGCGUGGCGGCUAUUACAGCAGCAGCUCUAAUAACUGGGAUCGUCCAACUUACGGUGCCGAUAACUACACUAGCCGCAAUUAUGGCGGAUACGGCAACAACGAUCGCGACAACACUCGCGGUUAUUCUUAUACCAGCCGUACCAACUGGUAAAUUUCUCUUUCUCCUGUGAAUCAUCCGGAUGUGCUGAUUUUCCGCUCGUUUCUUUAAUUCCAUAUUGGGACAGAUGUUCUUUAACUUAUCGUUGAAUCUGCGCUUGGUUCAAGGUUCUGGUUGUCUUUAUUUUUUAACGCUUUAUUUGUCUGAUCUUUUUCAACACAGCAGUUCUAAUGUUGUGGUGGCGGUUUUGUGGCUUCACUUAAAGUGACGAAUUCAAUAAAGAAUCGCUUUAAA